UCCAAAUACUAAUUUUUAUUUCACAGUGUAGGUAAAUCACAAUACAGCUUGACUCUAAAUACUUUUCAAUAUACACAGUACAGUUCCUAGGCUAGUGUUGCUUAUUCAACCGAUAGUACCGCAAAUAUAUUAUCGAAUACAGAGUGCACGUUCUUUUAUUAACGUUUACCCAUAGAGUUACUAUCGUUUACCCUCUCCAAUCUAGGCUCUGUACACGUCACUUUGACGUUUGUGUAUCGUUGAUAUUCCGAAGUAUUCCGAACUAUUGCGACCCGGAUGCGACAUAUAUAAUAAAAGAUAAGGCAGUAUAGUAUGAUAACUUAGCUUUUCCAAUUGGAAAAAUAAAACUACUACUGAAUUCAUUCUAUUCACUGAAGUAGGAAACCUAAUUUCAUUCAUGCAUUCAUGUCAUGUCGCCUUUGAAUGUUGAAAGUUUAGGUAUUAUGUGUAGAAUCUAUGGUUGAAAGCUUAACUUCAAGUUUCAAGUGAUUAUGUACUUGCUCAGUGCUUAACUUGUGAAUUAUCUUUUUAAUUAGUACUAUUAACAAUAACUCGAACUUUUGGUGGCUUUUCUAUAGUUACGAUAACACUGUUUUACAGAGUAAAAAAUCGCAAACGUUAGAUAUCGUAGUUAAUGUCCUAUGGAUCGUAAUGUCUUAUAAAAAACCAAGCCACCCCAAUGAUUUGUUUCCAAGAGAAAUUGAAAUAGAAAUUUGUUUGAAAACGUUAAAAAUAUAUCAGAAAAUUGAAGGGGAUGUUAACUGCGUUGUAUGGGACGCUUCAUUGGUUCUAGCAAAAUAUUUAGAAAUAAUGUGCCAAUAUAAAUCUGAUUUUCUGAGUGGAUUAAGAGUUCUAGAACUUGGAGCUGGACUUGGAGUUGUUGGUCUAACCGCUGCGACACUUGGAGCUCAAGUUACAAUUACAGACUUACCAGAAGCUCUACCGUUGAUACGAUUGAAUAUCAACGAAAAUAAGUCCAAGAUUGGUAGUAUGGGUGGCUACGCAACUGCAGAAUCACUUAUUUGGGGAGAUCAGUAUUCUGAAAUAUUCAAUGAAGAAUAUGAUUUAAUAGUUUUAGCUGAUUGUAUUUAUUAUGAAGAAGCAAUAGAGCAAUUGCUAAUAACACUUCAGCUUUUAAGUAGAAGUCUGAAAAAAAAGCCGGUGAUUUACUUAACACAAGAAAUUAGAGAUUCUGAGAUACAAAAAAGGCUUUGGAAUUUAUUUUAUGAAAAACUGUCUGAAUCAUUUUCCAUUGAGAAAAUACCAGAAGAAGAGCAGCAUAGUAACUAUAGAAGUGAAGAUAUAGUUUUAUUAAGAUUGGAAAAAAAAUAUGGAUCAACAUUUAAAAAAAAACUGCAUUCGAACCAAUGUAACCGUUGGCAAUGCCUGGAUAAUCUGCAAAUCCAAAUCCCAUCCAGGAUUUAACUAUUAUUUUAAUACUUUAUCUGGUGAAGCUGUUUGGAACCUCAGCAGUGCAGAGGUCGAAAAAGCUAAGAAGAAGACAAAAUUUCUAGAAAGUCAACCAGGAAAUAGUCUGCAGAGAUGUCCUGAACCAAAAGAACCUCCAGUCACCCCACCCUUUCAGAAUUCAAGUUAUGCAUCUCAUUCUAACUAUUCAGUUCAGAAUGGUGUGAUGUUAGGACCACAAUGUUCUACACAGCCAAUGGGUGGAUCACAGUUUUACAAUUCCUUGAGUUUGAUAAACGCCGUACCUCUUAAUGUAACAACAGUACCUGCAUACAAUUCAAACGUUUGGUCCCUUCCACCUCAAACACAAUUCAUAAUAAGUCCAUUAAUUAAUCAAGUACAAACAAUGAUGCCUCAUGCUCAAUUACAAUUAAAUAAGGAUAGUCAACAUUUGUCGAACCAAAACGCAUCUGGACCAAAAAUAUUCCAAAAUAAGCCUUUUGAUAGAGGACAAAACUUGAAAGAAAAUGUUUUUCAAAGAAACAAAUAUGCUGGAGGUCAAUUUUCAAAUGUAGAUUCCGAUCUGAGACAAAAACUUAGAACUGUACGUAAUAAAUAUCAAAGGUCUAAAUAUGUUAACGAAAAUCAGCUCAAAGAUGGAAAGUUUUUCAAUCAAAACACAAAGCCUUAUAUUCACAAAACAAUGGAUACCACUAAAAUUGAUCUUACACCUUUGAAAAAUUUAGCUCCAUUAAAGACACAUACUGAUAGUUGGUAUAUAGUGGCCGAUACAAAUACGAUUUUAAACAACUUUGGAUUUCUCACUAAUUUAACAGAUUCAGAUAAAACAUGUCACUUGACGGUGCCGAAAUCUGUCAUGAACAACCUACAAUCCAUUGCUGAAAAAAAUAAAAGUAUGAAUGCACGCCGCAUAGUAAGGUUUCUUACACAGCAAAUAGAUGCCGGUUUAGUAAAAUUAGAAGAAAAAGGCGAAGAUGAUAAUAGCCCAUCGAAUAUAUUUGACCUGUGCUUAAAAUUAUCACAGAAACAAUAUCAUGUAGUUCUUCUUUCGGAUGAUGUGACAUUGUUAAAAUAUAAAGGCAUGAACAAUAUAAUUAUAAUGACAAUCAUAGAAUUGAAAGAACUUCUUGAAAAAAAUACCAACCACGCAACUGUACCAGAAGAAACACCUUUUAUUGUUGAAAAAUUAAUCAAAAUAACAGUUCCUAAUGACAUGCAAAGCUCUCAGUGUCACACAGUACCGACGAGAGACAGUAAAAUUGGGCAUGAAACGGAUUUUACUAGAGAAUUGCAAACAACAAAAGAAAUAUCUUAUAGUGAAAUAGUUACAGAAAGCAAUAAUAGUAGUGAGUGUGGUGAGGAAGUUAGCGACUGUUCGCAAUGUAAAACUGCGUGUAGUUCGCCUAGAGGCGACGUAAUACCUCUGAAAAAAAGUUCAGAUCUCAAAGAUGAGACUGAAAUUGAAGUGGAAGAUAGAUCUCAUGCUAGUUCAAAAGAUAGACUACCUAAAAAUCAGUCGCCCAUGACGGACCAUAAAGUGAAAGAGAAAACCGCCGAAGAUUACACUCCUAGAAAAAGAGUUAUAAAGUUGAGACAUAAUGUUAGUCAGAGUGAAUCAACUAUUAAAAGAAAACGAUGGAGUACUAGGAGACGUUGUGAUAAUAAUUAUCUUUCUGCAGAAGAGCGUUUUUCACAAUCACCCAACGUUAAUAUUGCAAAUGUAAAUAAUGCAUUCACAGAGAAACGAAAUGAUGAAGCUGCUGGUGAAGAAAUUUUUGCCGAUCAAACAAAAAGCUCAAGCGAUACUGUUGAUUGUAGUAGCAUGAACAGUGUAAUUAUUUCAAAUCGUGUUCCUGAUAAUAAUAUUAUAAUCGACGAAUCUUCUAUGUCUGGUGCUAUAUCAAACACAGAAAGCAAUGUUGAUACUGAUAGCGUCAUUAGCUAUAAAAUGAAAUUUUGUCGUGAGAUAAAGAAACCUAUUCAGCGUAACAUUAUGGUUGAUAUACCCAGCACGGUCAUAGAAGAACACCUUUCAAUGAGAUGCGAAGAAUGGCUAUUCAGAUUUAUCCAAAUAAUGGAGGAAGUGCUAUCACAAAUUUUACAGCAGGAUCCGCAUUUUGUGAAUAGUGAAUUUCCACCACCGUGGACAUUACACGAAGCAACGCAGUGCAUAAUAAAGAAGUUUAGUCACUGCUGUUAUGUUGUAGACGCUGCGAAUAAACUGUCUAUAGUGCUUUUUGAGUUAAGUGACGCAAAAGGUAAAAUGAUUUCUAAAAUAAAUCCGUCGCAAUAUAUGGAAAUGUACAGCUAUGGUGCUUACUUGAUCAAGGCUUUGCAGGACGUUAAUGAAAAUUGUCAAGAUCUUAAAACUGCGUCAAAGCAUUUAAAGGAGUUAUUAGACGAUAUAUAUAAUCCGCACAUAGAUAAGCUUAAUAAUGACAGUUUUGUUGAAGAUAUUUCCCGAGUUUCUCCCGAAAAAUUAAUUCCAUCUAGCCCCGAUAGAAGAAGUACCGUAAAAAACCAAAGUGAAAAUGUUCAAAAUGUAGAGAACACUCCGAAAAGUUCUGAUGACCAGAUUAAAAUUCAAUCAAAUGAGGGAAAAACUACAUCAGUCUCAAUAAAAGAAGAUCUCUUCCUUGGUCUCGAACUCGAAAAGAGUAGUACUGAUAAUAAAAAAAGUGAAACAAAACAAGUAUUAGAAAAUGAAAAAGAAUCUGACCAAAAUGAUGAUAUUGCAGCAGUCAACUCCAGCAAACCAAAAAUAAUAAGAUUAUUCACAAAAUGUCCUGAAUUUGAGAAUCGUUCAGAAUUGGAUUACGAUUUGGAUGCAGAUGAAGACGAAGAAGAAUAUGAAGACGAAGAUGAAUAUGAAGAAUAUGAUAAUGAAUAUGAUGAAAUUUCAGACUUCUGUGAUGAAACAGAAACUUUGGUUCGUCCUGUCGUGUCGGAUGAGGUUAAAAUCAAGGGGUUCAUUUCAAUGUUCUUAAAGGAAAUCAAUGAAACUUACCAAGAGGUUAUGACAUUAUGUGAUACAAGCUAUAAAGACCUCUUAGAUAACAACAUUCCAAAUCAUAUUAAAACCGCAAUUGGUGUAAAAGCAGAACAAGCUGUUAACCAUAUAAAAACCCUUUGUAAAUCGUUGGACAGUAUUCUUCGUCGGGACGGUACUAACCCAGAUGAGAACAUACGGUGCCUGUUAAAGAAAGCUGGCAUCGAGAUGAAUUUUAGUCAAGCUCUCUGCGAGGAUUACAAAAAUCUUAUAAGGAAAUGCAAGGACCAAGCUGAAAUAUUUACAACAACGGUUGAUAUUAUUACAAAAGCGGCUAAAUUAUAGUUUUCAAACAUUUUACUAGAAAAGUAAAUAACCUGAAAGAAUCAUAAUAAUAUGAAUUGUUAGCGAUAUAAGUUGAUUUAGUUUUCAGUCGACGUAACGAAAUGUUUAUUUCCAAUAAGAAAAUGUGAAAUUUAUAUCCUUACUCGUUUAAAUAACUGGAUCUACAAUUCCGUUCUCUCCGAUCUGCGAAUUUUGAGCGGAAUCACUAUCGGCUUUCUACAACGUAUCGCUUCUAAUAUAUUACACAAAAGUGUUUAUUUUCAACUUACGUACUUGAUUUAUGUAUGCUCAUAGAACAGUUUUAUUUGAUGAUGGUUUUUAGUGUUUUUUUAAAAUAGUAAUUGACUUAUCUGUAUGCUGACGAAGCGUACCUUCACCUAAUUUUUGAUAAAUGAAUCCACUGCAAUCAAAGAAAGCAGCCAUCCACCGGAUACCAAAAGUGGUCGUUUGAAGCAGAGGUGUAGGCAAAACUUCAAAAGUACAAUUCCAACUUUAUAGUCACAAAAUUAAAACAUAAUGGGUUAAAUUAAUACAUAAUUACAUUUAUUCUACGACCCGGCAACAUUUUCUAAUAUGUACGUAAUAUGUUCACUCUAUCUGUGGUUAAGGUAGGCCCUUGUUCUCGGCUCUAUUUAUAUAUAAUUCGGUAUUUUUGUUUUACCUAACUACGUUGGGAUGCAAUUUUUGUGUUGCCCAGUUGGAACACCUGGUAAUGAAAACUCCAGAGGGUCCCACAAACAAGUUUAUUGGAUACUUUUAUUAAUUACAUUUAGCACACUUAUCACGGGUUCGAAAUGGCGGCGAGUGGUGAGCGAGGUGCGGGCGUACAUGCGUGUGUACGCCUCGGUGGGUGCGCGUGGUCUGCAUAGGUUAUACAUUAUAUAUAAUCUUACUCUAUGGUCUGCAUGCAAAGAGUCUGAUAGAAGCGCGUGCCGCGCGGCAAAGGAAAUCCCUCGUUCACUAUUCUUUGAGUCGCGCUGGGAGCCGAGCCAGGCACGGCUACCGUUUGGGUUGCUAUACGUGCGAUGUUUUUACUUUGAAAAUAAAUGCGUGGGCUGGACUCAUUUAGUAAAAAAACCAUAUUGCGUUGGAAUUUAAUAAAACGACUGAAGACAACAAGUUUAAUAGAAUUUAAUGAAAUUAUGGUGCAGUUGCAUGUACUAUUUGUGAUUUUACAUUUGAUGCAUUUGUGAUGUUUUACUUUACUAAUGUAGGUACAACUUUGUUUAAUUACUAAACCAUUCGUUUUUGUGUGUAGUAACUCCAUCUGUAUCGUUUUUAACAAUGGAAAUGUCCAAAUUUUGUUUGUUUUUAAACAGAUUUAGCAAUAUUUGAACUACACAUUUUUAUGCAAUUAUAAUGUGAACAUGAAACUAAGUUAUUUUCUAUAUGACAAAAUCCCUCGUAAAGAAAAAAAUUUAAUAUUAAAAUUCUUUAGAUGGAUUUUGAUGGAUGUGCGUUUUAAUGAUUAAAGUACCUUGUAAAUAAAAAUAUUUUAAGUAUA